AUGCUGAGCGUUGUCUCACGACGAUUCGUCUCCAACUCGCGCACCCUUGGCAAGGCUGCCACAUCACGUAAACGAGAGGAGGAAAAGAAAGAUGCCGCCAGCCCGCAGAAAUCCUUCUACUACGACGAUCUCGAGGUGAUUCGUGCGAAAGGAACCCAGCUCCACCAAAAGCCGACCGAUUACAACAAUCUGGCGUUCGGUCACGUUUUUUCGGAUCAUUUCGUGAAUGUGGAUUGGACUGUCGACGAUGGGUGGACGAAACCGAAAAUCGAGCCUCUCCGCGAACUUUCAAUUCACCCUGGCGCAAAGGUACUUCACUAUGCUGCUGAACUCUUCGAGGGACUUAAAGCCUACCGUGGAGUUGAUGGAAGGAUACGCAUGUUCAGACCUGACAUGAACAUGGAGCGUAUGAGAAGAACUGCGGCUCGUGCAUCCCUCCCCGAUUUUGAUGCCGAGGAAUUGAUCAAAAUUAUGGUUGAAAUGCUCCGAGUCGAUAAGGAAUGGGUGCCAAACUCGGAUACCGCCUCUUACUACAUCCGGCCGACGUUGAUUGGCACCGAUCCAACACUCGGUGUUGCCACUUCUUUGGCAGCGAAGCUUUUCGUGAUUGGUGGACCGGUCGGCCCCUACUAUGCCACCGGAUUCAAGCCCGUUUCUCUUCUUGCCGAUAGCCGAUUUGUGCGUGCUUUCCCCGGAGGUGUCGGAGCCUACAAAAUGGGUUGCAACUACGCGCCAACGAUUGCCAUCAACAAGAAUGCUGCUCGAGAGCACGGAUGCCAGCAAAUCAUGUGGUUGUACGGUGGUGAUGAGGAAGUGACUGAAGUCGGAACGAUGAACAUCUUUGUGCUCUGGAAGAACGAACAGGGUGAUCUCGAAUUGGUGACCCCACCACUCGACUUGGGAUUGAUUCUUCCUGGAGUCACCCGUCAGUCGUUGCUCGAUUUAUCGAGGGAGUGGAACGAGGUGAAAGUCACCGAAAAGUCGUUUACGAUGGGUGAAGUGCGCAAAGCCCUCAAGGAAGGACGACUGUGCCAAAUGUUCGGAGCGGGAACAGCGGCCGUCGUCUCGCCAGUCGGAGAGAUCGUCCACCACCACAAUGGCAAAUUCGAGCGACUCAAGAUCCCGACGAUGGACUACAAGCCGAAUUACAUGCAGAAGCUCUACGACGCAAUCACUGACAUCCACUACGGCCGCGCGGUGAAAGAAGGAUGGACGGUUGAAGUCGAC